GGAGCUGCUGAGGAGGAUAUGAGGAGCAAUCGUGGAAGAGGACUCAGUCCGACCUUGUCUGGCUCACAGUCCCGCGCCUGGUUGUGCGUAAACGCUGCUAAAAUAGUUGGCGGCGUCUGAAGCCCCUUCGGGCGCGUACAACUUUGGCCCUCAUUCAUGAUUUUAUUCGCACGUCUGGGUGAUGUGCACAGGAAUAGAUCAACAUUACUCCAACCUCUUCCGCAUAUUGGAUUUCAAUGCAAAGAGAAGGUCGCCAGCGUCCCUCUGAGGAUUCGGGAAAUGAAGACUGCUGCUGACACGGACUCAGUAUUUUUGGACUUUUGAAACGUUUUUCUGUGCGCAGUUUUGAUUGAGGGAUUUUCUUCAACUCGCGAAGCAUUUGCUCCCUGUGUGGGAUUACUCGUUGCAUUGCUUGUAUUCGAUUACAGUCGAGUUUUGGAUGAGCCCGUGCUGUGCAUUGAGCAGCGCACAAAUUCGAUCAUAAUGUAUUUAAUUUAGGACAGCCUCUGUUUAAAUACAGUAAGUGCCAAAUUAAGCCGGGAUGGCGAACGAGUGUAAUCGCAACAUUGUGGAAAAGUAUAUCUGCCAUAAACUCUCCAAACGCGGCUACGUGUUUGGGUUUGAUGAUGUCCGGGAUGAAGAUGCUGCUAAUAAUGGGUCGAUAGUUGUCCCCCCGCCGACUUUGGUGCGCCGGUGCCGUGAAGCCAGCACCGGGCCUGACAGCGAGAGCAUCCCCCACCUCUGCAAACGGCACCCCCAGUCCGACCCGUCCGCCGCCAUCCACAGAGUCCUCCGCGAGGCUGGGGACGAACUUGAAAGACUGUACCAGCCGGACUUCACGGAGAUGUCGCGCCAGCUGUAUCUCACCUCCACCACGGCGCAGCGGAGAUUCGCCGAGGUGAUAGACGAACUGUUCCGGGACGGGGUGAACUGGGGCCGGAUUAUCGCUUUCUUCGAGUUCGGGGGCACGGUGUGCGUGGAGUGCGCCGGCAAGGAGGACAUGACAUCGCAGGUGGACAACAUCGCGGAGUGGAUGACGGAGUAUUUAAAUGGACCUCUGAACAGCUGGAUACAAGAUAACGGGGGAUGGGAUGCCUUUGUGGAGCUGUAUGACAGACAGAGGGACACCCUCUUCAGUUGCUCCUGGCCCUCCAUCAAGACGGUCUUCGGUCUGGCUGCACUCGGGGCAGCGAGCCUCACCAUUGGAGCGUACCUUACACAGAAGUGAACGAACCCUCUUUCUACCAGCUUGACUUUAUUCCUCAUCCUUCUCCUCCUUUUUUUUUUUGCUUUUCAUAGACGCCCCUGACCCCUCAGAGACAACCUUCAGACUCUUCCGAAUCUGGCUCUCUUCAAAGCCCUCUCUCAGAAAGCUCCCUCUUCCUCGCCCCUCCAUGUCAAAACAGACACGAAUCAAAACAACUGAAGCAACCAGAUGCACAGCCCGUACAGAGCAAAGGACGUCUUGAAAGGAGGCAGCUUAGAUGUAAUCACACUAAGCUGAGUGCAGCUGAGGAGUGAGGAGGUGGCAUCAGUGGCAUGCAUCUUUUAUUUUUUGUUCUGCCUGCUUCUGUACUAGUUAUAGCAUGAAUGUUGAGUGUUAGUGUAGACGUUGCAUGUGUCAGAGCUCAUGCGGGACCUCUGUUUGGAGGCCUUGAUGAUGGGGGUGCAGGGACAAUGAUGCCCCACACCGGAGCGGCCGCAGCCCCGCCCCUGCUUGUUAGGGUGAAGAACCCCGUUUGAACUAUGGACUCUGGUUACCCCCCCCCCCCCCUUCCCCUGCAGCCGUCCUUCAAAGGACUUCCUCCACAGAACAGCUGCUCAGAAUGUAUAAUGGAAACAGCUUGCUACAACCAACGCUCCUCAGACAGCUCCAGUGAACUCUGAACACACUGCACCAUUAUACUUCCCCCGGCCUUCGAUAUGUAAAGGAAGGACCAGUGGAAGACUGAGCUCUGCUCAUCUCUCUUUAGCAGAGCUCCUUGAUUUUUAUGUUGGUUUUAAUUUGUUGCAGCACGCCAAACUCCAAAUUGUCUGGAUUUACUGCAGAUACGGAGGCGACCGUAAAUUUUCAAUGAGUGAAAAACACGCUGAAGACGCCUGAUGUUGCAUAGAAAUCACGUUGAUUAACAUGCUUCGAAAAAUGUCGACCACAGCACAAAAGAGCAAGGUAGAAGUAAAAUAAGCAUUGCAUUUUGCAUCUUAAGAAGGGAGUGAGGCCCCUGCGACACAAAGAUUUUAAGAGUGCAUUCCUCGAGCAAAGCGAUGUGAACAAGACCACCCCUUGGCUUAAAUGACUCCCCUCUAAAAGCAACAUCAUUGUUCACACCGAGCAGCUCUGAAAACUCACCUUUUCUAUUUUCUACCAGCUUUCUUACUCCACUUGUGGUCAGAUUGUUUGGGCUCGCCCAGGUCUGAGAGCUGACCCUGUCAACAUGUGUCCACCAGCUGCUGAGGCCCCACAGCGACCCGGCACUGCUAGAAUCCACUCCGACAAAGACGCUUGUUGAAUGAGAAAACCUCACUUGGCUACAGAUGACUGAGUGGAAUACCGCGGCAGCAGGGUUCAAGCUCAGGACUAAAGCCAGCGUGUCCCGUGUGCUGGAACCUGAGAUGUCCCCUCUCUCCAGCUUGCAAAUGCAUUCAGUCAUUGAUUUGUUUUAUUGAUGUUUGUCUUGUGUUACAGUCUGAUAGAAGAUUUGCUCACAAAAGCUCCAAAACAUUUUAUUGUACACAGUACUUAGCAAGUCGGUUAUAGAAUAUAAGUGAUUUUUUUUCCUUUCCUCUGUCAUUAAAAAUCUUCUUUGUUGCAUGGAUGAAAGAUUCUUCACACGAUAAAUAUGUGUAACCAUAUUUAUAACAGAAUAGUGUAGGACAAGACAAAUUACAGCAAAGGAGUUGCUUUUUUCUAUUUAUUGAGAGGUACAAGAUCACAGAUUUUUUAAUAGUACUUUGAUGAAAAAUAAAUUGUUUUCACUUUUUUUCUAUUCUAUGGAAUCACACUGUAAUUACAUUUUUUCCUGGCUGCUAUUAUAACAAGAAAGAUGUUUUUUUUUUUUUUUUUUUUAAAAAGUGAAUUUCUGUGUCGUAUUAAUAUUGGCUUAAGGCUGCUAUACUGUCGAUUUAACUUUUACUUAUACAGCUUAAACUGCCACAGAUUUACAGUAUAGUUCUAGAGAGCUGGAAACCAAAGUUAACUUGUAUUAAUCUUUAAUUUAAAAAACAAAAAAACAAAAAAAACAAAAAGUAGCUUAAAGGGACAGUUCACCCCAAAAUAAAAAAUACAUGUUUUUCCUCUUAGCUGUAGUGUUAUUUAUCAGUCUAGAUAGUUUUGGUGUGAGUUGUCGAAUAUUGAAGAUAUCAGCCGUGGAGAUGUCUGAUUUCUUUCCAGUAUAAUAUAGCUAGAUGGCACUCAGCUUGUGGUGCUCAAAGCCCAAAAAAAAAAAAAAAAAAAUCAUGACCUGGUUUCUCAAGAUAAUCCACAGACCUUGUUGUGAGCAGUUAUAUUUAGGACCACCCACCCACCAACUGUAGCACCAUGCAGAAGGAAGUGUGCAUCAGGCCCCCAAGAAAGCUGCUUAGCCUUGCAGCUUAUUUUUCCCAGUGGUCACUUGCGGUAUUGCAGCACAAAAAUUCCCCUUAGACCACCAUUGUAAAACUGUUGACAGGACACCUCAAACUGCAGACAAGGUCAAUUAUGACUCUUUCAAUUAUGAAUAUUUGUUACACGGAGGUUUUAUAUUUGUAAAAUUUUACUCAAGCCAGGAAAAGUGAUUUAAAAAUCUGUGACAUCAUUAAAAUGUAAUGGAUUGGCGGUUUGGUGCGGUGUGGUGAAGAGGGAGCUGAGCUGGAAGGCAAAGCUUUCCAUUUACUGGUCCAUCUACAUCCCAACCCUCACCUAUGGUCAUGAGCGCUGGGUAGUGACCGAAAGAAUGAGGUCGCGGACACAAGCAGCCGAAAUGAGUUUCCUCUGUGGGGUGUCUGGGCUCAGCCUUAGAGAUAGGGUGAGGAGAUCAGACAUCAGGAGGGAGCUCAGAGCAGAGCCGCUGCUCCUGUGCAUUGAAAGUGGUCAGUUGAGGUGGUUCGGGCAUCUGAUCAGGAUCCUCCUGGGUGCCUCCCGUUAGAGGUGUUGCAGGUAUGUCCAACUGGUAGGACACCUCGGGGCAGACCCAGAACCGAUGGAGGGAUGACAUAUCUCAUCUGGCCUGGGAACGCCUUGGGGUCCCCCAGGAGGAGCUGGAAAGUGUUGCUGAGGAGAGGGGCGUCUGAAAUACUCCCCUACAACCCAGCUUUGGAUAAGUGGUUGAAAAUGGAUGAAUAAAAUGUAAAGUCUAUGAGCCGAAUGGGAACUCGCUGUGCAUAUUCAGUAGGCGGCAUAUUGCUGAAGCAAACCUGGAGGCUAGAAACUUUUUUGGUAUAUGCACCAGGCGAUCAGUUCCAUUGGACUGAAUCGGCUCCAUCUUGGAGUCCGGUAUCAGGGUAUUAUUAUAUAUCUAUGGUGAGCGUCUACUGCUAGCUCACCUAGCACCACUGAGCUAGCUAACAUUACAGUUCAGUAGCAACCCGGUCUCACUACGAAGUCGUCAAAAUCCGGUGCUUGGGCAGUGACUUGUGGCGUCAGACACUGAUAAAAAAAGGUGUUCUUUAACGUCAACAUGAUACACGGCCGGUCGCUGUUACGGUUUAACAGUGCUCAGCGGCUUCAGGGGUAAACGUGGUGAGACAAGAAUGACAGUUGAGGUGGCGAAAGUCUGAGUGGGGUGGGUGGGCGUUCAUGUUCUGUAAGAUCAUAAAGCCAAACCCUGCUCUUUUUUCCUAAACCUAACUACGUGCGAUAGAGGGAAAAAAAAAGUCAAUUUGCGUUGUUGUACUGACGUAGUGUGUUUAUUUUGAAAGAGACUGUAUGAAAACAGUAAAUUUCAGUGAAAAUGGAAGUGCAUUUUGAAAGACACCCAGGGUACCUUUCACGUCGUGUCUGGACAUGGAAGGUCCUUGACCAAAUGUCGAUAUGUGACGAGGUCGGAGUGAGAAUGUGUUGUCAGUAGAGGAGGACGCCAUUAAUGAUUACGUCUCACUUGAACAUGGGCGCAAGCCUCUCGUCCAUGUGUAGAUGCAUGUUAUGUGAGCUGAAUCAGUUGGUGGGUGUAGCUUGGUAGAAAGAAAAUAGUUCCCACAUGAAACUGCUCACAACAAGGUCUGUGGAUUAUCUAAGAUAAGAAAGAGACAUUGCUGUUGAGUUUUUUAAACAUAUUUUAUCCGCGCUUUGAGCACCACAAGCAGAGUGACAUCUAGUUCCAUUAUAUUGAAGAGAAGACAGACAUCUCUACAGCCGAUAUCUCCAAAACUCAGCAGCUCACACAGAAACAAUCUACAUUGAUAAACAGCACUACAAGUAAAAGAUAAAAUAUGAAUUUUUGAUUUUGGGGUGAGCUCUCUCUUUAAGGAGAAUACACAUCACUUCACCUCACUGAGUCUGUUCAGUGAGGUUUUAUGAUCUCUCUGUGGAGGGUUUGUCUCGUGUUACUGUACUAUAUCAGCUUAACUUUUGUCAGCUUUGUGCUCCGAUGAUAACUCAGUGCUUUUUCUGUAAAAUGUUGACCUGCCAGACUUAAACCUUGUCUCAGUUGUCACUAUAAACCACCCCAUUCUCAUUACAGCAGCUCACAGUGUGUGAUAUUCCCAGUGAUGUGUGUGUAAGAGAGAAGCAGACGGUGAUUUAUGAGCAGGAGUAGGAACAGUUCAACAGCAAUAUACUGUAAUUUUUUAUAUUCUCUGUGCAUAUAUGAAUGUAGGCGCCAUGGUUGCUGUACUGUUUUAUGUCUAUAAUCACAAACCUGUAGCACUUAUAAGAAAAAAAAGUGAAUUGUGUUUCUGUUGUUUACUGCUAUAUCCACGAUAAGCUAGCGGGAUCAUAUUGUUCCUAAUAAACCAGAUUUCUCAAGCAGCUGCAGUCCAA